AUGGGGGGCGCCGUCGCGCAAAAGAUAUGCCCGAGUCGAAAGGAAGGGGCGGAGAUACUGGCGAAGAUGGGAGGGAGGGAGGGAGGACUAGGCAGGGACGAAAGAUUGGAGGAGAUCCGCCUCGAGUUGCGGGAUAAACACAAGCUGAGGAUGAUGGAGGUGCAGCGAGAUGGAAACUGCCUCUUUCGAGCCCUCUCGGCUUUCGAGCAUGGCACCGAGAGCCAGCACAAGCAGGUGCGCGCCAUGAUUGUCGCCCGCUUGGAGGAGGUCCCGGAGGCCAUGGCAGUGACGGCACUAGUGGAAGGUGUUUCGGAGGAAGAGUAUGUGAAAGGCAUGGCCCAAGACCGGCAGUGGGGGGGCUACACCGAGUGCAUCGCAUAUUCGGAGGCAAGGGGAAGGUCUGUGCGCCUGUUCGUGGAGAACGAGAAAAUUGGACUGCGUUGCACGGACAUUGACGCCGGACAAGGGCCUCAGCAGGACGAUGGGAGCCGAGUACACUUGUUACUUUACAAAUCGCACUACUGGUUACUAGUGCGAGGGUGAUCUAUGAUCGCAUUAGUUGAAGGAAAUUAUCAGAUUCAGCAGUUUUCAACAUUCGUGCACAGCGAUUUUUAAAAACAUCGUUUUGAGAAAUGUAUGUGAGCAUGUACAAGUUUGUGGUGAGGUUAAGAUAGCUGUCAACCACCUUAAAAUUGGAGUCGCUCAGAACAGAACUGAUCUGCUCGAUUGAAUUUCAUAUACACAUUUAUAUAAUUUCUGGAAGAAGAAUGUGAAGUAGGCGAAUGUAACAUGAGUCAUAUUGCU